AUGUCAUAUUUGAAUGGAACUUCGGGACAUCCUGAUUCCUCAGGGCCUCGGACUGGCUACCCAGCCCCACCAUCCUUCUAUGCAGAUGCAGGCUCAGCCUUUUUUGUUAUCCAAAGCCAACCAGAAUCUAGCCACCCAGGUGGACCUGAUGUAGGCCCCAUGGAUUCCAGCAUCACCUACUCUGAUGUGCCACCUGGAUUGGAAUAUUUACUCUCAAUAGAUCAUAUUGUGAUUCAUCAGCAGUUUGAGUUUGUGGAAGCCAUUUUAGGUAUUGAAACUGCUAACAAAUACAAAAUCAAAGACAAACUUGGGCAGAAGGUUUACUAUGCAGUAGAAGAGUCUAGUUUUUUCACACGCCUUUGCUGUGGGGACUACAGGCCUUUCUCCAUGAGUAUCCUUGAUAACUCAGGUCAUGAAGUCAUCGCUCUGAAGCGACCACUAAGAUGUGACUCUUGUCUCUUUCCCUGCUGCCUCCAAAAGAUAGAAGUCCAAGCUCCUCCUGGUGUGCCAAUAGGUUAUAUUACUCAGACCUGGCACCCAUGCCAGCCAAAGUUCACAGUUCAGAAUGAGAAGAAGCAGGCUGUUCUAAGAAUUAUUGGUCCAUGUGUCACAUGCAGCUGUGGAGGAAACGUUGAUUUUGAGAUCAAAUCUCUUGAUGAAAAAACAGUGGUUGGCAGGAUUUCCAAGCAUUGGUCUGGUUUUCUGAAGGAGAUACUGACAGAUAUGGACAAUUUUGGCAUCCAAUUCCCCUUAGACCUUGAUGUAAAGAUAAAGGCUGUGAUGCUUGGUGCUUGUUUCCUCAUAGAUUUCAUGUUUUUUGAAAGCGGAAAAGGCCAGAGACCAAAAUUACGAUUAUUUCCAUGA